UGAUCAGCAGAAAGAGGAGCUUUCAGGAGCGAGGAGAACUUGACAGGACUGUUAGAAACCGCAGCCAGAUCUGAAGGAACAACAAAACACUUCAACCUGCUGACUUUGAACUUUAGAGAGAUUUGUUGGACAUUAUAUUUUUUAAAAGAAAGAAAAAAGCGUUUUGGAGACACUGUUGGCUCAUACGCCAGAAUUGAUGCAUACUUUGUGCUGGUACUGAUUUAUUAUUAUCUAGACUGAUUUUCUAGAAGCAGCUGGUAAGCUUCCACUUUUUUUCUUGAUCUCCCUACGACUUUAUGUCAACAAAGAUGGAACAGCCUUUUUAUCAUGACGACUCUUUUCUGCCGGCUUACGGCCACUCUGAUGCAGCCAUGCACGAUUACAAGGUGCUGAAGCAGAAUAUGAACCUGAACUUGGCAGAGCCCUACCGCAGCCUGAAGUCUCAGCUGAGGGCCGAGGCGGACCCGUACCAAGGGGGGCAGCCGGACGUCGGCUCCCUGAAGCUCGCCUCCCCCGAACUGGAGAGGCUGAUCAUCCAGAACAGUAACGGGGUGAUCACCAGCCCCACGCCGGGACAGUACUUCUACAACCGGGGCAUCACCGAUGAACAGGAGGGGUUCGCAGAAGGCUUCGUGAAGGCGCUGGACGAGCUCCACAAAAUGAACCAGAUGCCCCCUCCUAACGUGUCCAUCGGAGCCGGCGGGGUUACGACGUGUUCGGCGGCGGCGGCCUCUAGCGUCUUCGGCUCCGCGCUGCAGCCCGAAGCUCCGAUCUACACAACGCUGAACGCCUACUGCCCGAACACCAGCCUCUCUUCCGCGUCCAGCUACCCCACCGCCACCAUCAGCUACCUGCCGCCCCACCAGCAGAGCCACGCGCAGACGCCUGCGCCUGGCGCGCACCACUUCCAGCACGCGCUCCCGGGCUCCGGGAUGCACCCGCAGCGGCUGGUCGCCCUGAAAGAAGAGCCCCAAACCGUGCCGGAUCUGCUCAGCAGCGACGGCUCGCCUCCGAUGUCGCCCAUCGACCUGGAGACGCAGGAGCGCAUAAAGGCGGAGCGCAAGCGGCUGCGGAACAGGCUGGCCGCCACCAAGUGCAGGAGGCGCAAGCUGGAGCGCAUCGCUCGGCUGGAGGAGAAGGUGAAGGUCCUGAAGAAUGACAACGCGGGGCUGUCCAACACAGCGUCGGUGCUGCGGGACCAGGUGGCCCAGCUCAAACAGAAGGUCCUAACGCACGUGAGCAGCGGCUGUCAGCUGAUGCUCACCAGCAAACUUGAGGCGUUUUAAGGACAGAGACUAUUAAAUGACUGAAAAGUGAUAACACUGGAGACAAGGUCUUUGAGCACAGACCUGGAUGUGCGGCCAGCUUCACAGAGCCGAUCCCUGACAGCUCUGAUUACAGGUGAAAACUGACUGACUGAAAUGGUACUUCCGGAUGCUGGUCACCGCUCAAAGGACCAUUCAACCGUUUCAGCAUCCAGCCUGAGCAGACACUGCGCAACUCAGAGGGCAACUGCCCACAAGUCGGGUUUACUAAUGGUAGAAAAUGGGAAUUGCUAUUGUACUACUUUGUACUUUUUGCAACUGUCAUGCAAUGCUGCAAUUUAUUCUUUGUGUAAAUUAUUUUGUUUGCCCGGUUGAUCCAGACAAACUUUUGUCCAAUGUUUACAUUGUCUUUUUUAUUAUUUGUGAUGUGUAUUUAAGUAAAUUGUCUUUUAAAAUGA